AAUAAACUUAAAACAUUAUUUAAAGAGGAAAUUUAUUCAUAAAAAAAAAAAAAUCUCAUAAAAACUUAAUAAAAUAUAAUUGUUACAUAUUAAUUUCUCGACUAAUUGUAACGUUUGACGAAUUAUUCUAUUUUUAUAAUAUUGUAUGUAGCAGUUAACAGUUAAGGUUUGCGAAAGUGAGAUUUAUGAAGCGAGGGUUUUGGAAUAAAAAAAAAAAUACGUACGAUAAUUCGAUUGGAUAAUGCACGUAAUUUCACAUGACUUUUGAUUUACAAAAUAAAAUAAAAAUUGUAUGCAAAAGUUUGUAAAAUUAAAAACCUUUGUUACAUCGCAUAAACUUAAAUUCUUGAUAUUAUCUUUGCUAUACUUUCAUUAUGAAUAUUUCAAUGAUAAUAUAAAAAAAAAAAGUAGCGAUUUUUUAAGUAUGUUGUUAUUUAUCACUCUUAUAAAAAAAAGGGGUAAAAAAUGAUAUAUACACUAUAUUUUCAAAGCGAACGAAUUUUAACUACAUAAAAUUUUCGAAAGUUAUGUAAUAAAAAGUACGAAAUAAUAAAUCAAUCCAAUGAAAUAAGGUUUUACUAUCAUAAGUAGUAUACAACAAAAUCGUCGAUUGUAUUCAUAUCGAUAUUAUUCGAAGUCGAUAUUAUUCGAAGUAAUUUACCGGUAAUACUUUCAUCAGGCUAUAAUUGGGAAUUAUAAAUGUCAUAUUUGUUUUUUAGUCAUUAAAAAAAACUUAUAUUAAAUCUUAAAUUAAGGAAGAUAAUUAAAUAAUUUUAGACAUAAUUUUAAAAUUUUUUUUUUUUUUU